AACUUCCCCUUCAAAUGCAAGAACUUCCCUCUCUCUGUGCUUCCACAGCAUACAGCGUCACUCCUACCAACCUCUUUCUUUCUGCUACUCAACUCCUCCAAUUAACUUCCCCUUCAAAUGUUUGUAUCUUCUUAUUGUUCACCAUUUGUGCCUUGCAUAUCCCUUCUGCUUCUACUUUCGCGGCCAAUUGGAAAGCUUUUGCUUCUUGACAACAACAGACUCAGAAAUGAAGUAGCAGAAGUUACACUUUCACCUUUAGGAAGCACUUUGUAGUCCAUUCCUUUUAGACCCUAUUGACAGAAUUGGAAAGGAUGGAGAACGGUUGGAGCUGGGAGCAGAAGACACUGAUUAGUGAACUGGUUCAGGGAAUGGAGGUGGCGAAACAGUUACGUGAACAAUUGAAUUCAACAUCUUCGUCGCCCGAUAUUGCAGAUAUGCUGUUACAGAGGGUAUUAGCUUCAUACGAGAAGGCUCUGUUGAUUCUGAGAUGGAGUGGGUCAUCGGGACAUUCCCAGACUGUGGAAGUGACAGCAGCUUUGCCGGGGUCUCCGAUUUCUGUCAACGGAAGUCAUGCGAGCGAUGAAUUUGACAAGGGUCUCAAGGAUCAUCAUCAGGACUAUAACAUCUCAAAGAAGAGAAAGAUAUUGCCCAGAUGGACGGACCAAGUGAGAGUCAGCUCUGAGACUGGAUUGGAAGGACCCCACGAUGAUGGCUAUAGUUGGAGAAAAUAUGGUCAGAAGGACAUCCUCGGAGCCAAAUAUCCCAGAAGCUAUUAUAGAUGCACUUUUCGUAUAAGUCAAAAUUGUUGGGCGACAAAGCAAGUGCAAAGAUCGGAUGAAGACCCCAACGUAUUCGACAUCACAUACAGAGGAAAGCACACCUGUUCCCACGCUACCAAUUUGGUCCCGGCACCAGCAUCACCCGAAAUGCAAGAACAGAAACACAGUAACUAUAAUGAACAUCAACAAGAGCAAUCACUAGACGCUCUCUCAGACUUUCGAGGCAGUUUGAGGGUUGAUACUGAGCAAUUGGAUGAUAAAGAGAUGGCAUAUCCCUUCUCUUUUCCUUCAACUUCAUUUGGAUGCUUUAAGGGUGAAAGCAGUAGCUUUUCACUUUCUGCACUUGACAAUAACACUCUCCUGGGCAGUUUUUCUCAACCAUUUUUCUCUCCGGCCACCCCGGAAUCAAACUGCUUCUCGGCGUACGCAUGCCAGGCAAGCAACUUCAGAGGGGUUCACAACGUUCACCGUUCGGAGUCUGAUCUCACUGACAUAUUCUCCGCCAACACCUCAGUCACCAGUUCUCCUAUUCUAGACUUGGAUUUCUCACUUGAUCCAGCGGAAAUUGAUCCAAAUUUCCCAUUAGACUCCCCGGCGUUUUUCUCUUGAUUCCAUUUAGGCUCUAAAAUAAGAAUAAAAACAGCAUGUGGGUUGCAAACUUGCAAUUUGGUUAGACCUGUUGAACCUAGCUUGUGAUAGAAGAAAUGUUUGACGAAUAUAUAAUAUCCUCCUUGAAUUUUAGCUGUAAGAUAGAUCUUAAUGUUAGAGUUAACAAUUUGUCCAA